CGCCUCGGAGAGCUUGACGACACUGCACACCACUCCCCACCCCGAGCUGUCCCCAUUUCGCACUAGCUAGCUCUGCUCGGGUGCUCGCACUCUCUCGAGUUCUCGAGCUCUUCUUGCUGCCAUGGCGGCUCCGCUGCUGCUGCUGCUCUUGCUGGCCAUGUUCGCAGGCUCAGAUGCGGCGUUCUGCGUGUGCAAGCCGGGCAUCCCCGACACAAUGAUGCAGAAGGCGAUUGACUACGCCUGCAGCAAGGGCGCCGACUGCACCCCGACCGCGAUGGGCGGGCCGUGCUACGGCAACGGCAACAAGGUGGCCGUCUGCUCCUACAUCUGCAACAGCUACUUCCAGAGCAGGAGCUCCAUGGGCGCCACCUGCGACUUCGGCGGCGUCGCCACACUCACAACCACCGACCCCAGCUCCGGCACCUGCAAGUUCGCCUCCGGCCCCAGCAGCGCGGGCGGCGGCGGCGGCGGCAUGGGCGGCACCGGCGGGACAGGCGCGGGCACCGGCGGCGGCAUGGGCGCCGGCACCGGAGCAGGCACCGGCGGCGCCGGGACGGGCGCGGGCACCGGAGCAGGCACCGGCGGCAUGGGCGCGGGGACCGGUGCUGGCACCGGAGCAGGCGCCGGCGCCGGCGCAGGGAUCACGACCCCCGGUAGCAGCACCCUGAGCCCACCGUUCGGCGGCACGGGCGCGUACGGCCCGUCAGGAGCCGGCACGGGCCCCGACUACAACGACGCCGCCUCGCCGGUCGCGUCCGGGCGCCACGCCCUCGCCGCGCUCGUCCUGGCCGCCGCCGUCCUCUUCCGCUGAGCGCGGCGCUCGGAUUCCCGUCUCGGCGGUGCGCAGGUGCCUGCCGGGUUUUGAUCGAUCAGCCAUCGGUGUUAGCGGCGGUAGCAGCACUAGCACGGGCUAUUACUGUUCAACAACUGACCGCCUCUUCCUCCCUCGUGCUGGUGGUGGCCGCCAUGUGGUGCUCUGUACUGGUAGAGAGAUCUAGGGAUUCUUUUGUAGUUCCGGACAUACGUGUCGUCGUGUUCUUCGGUCCUUUUUUCCUCGCUUUGUUGCUAGUAUGCCCUGUUAUGUCAUGCUAGGCUGUGUGUGUGUGUGUGUUACUAUGCUAGUUUGUUCGUGGCGGCGGCCACUUUCCAUGCUUGAGGUGCGUCUCAUGUUACACACA